CCCCGGUCCCGGCCCCCAGCUUGCGCUCGUGCCCCCGGGGCGGCUGGGUGGCGAGGGACCGAGCGCCAGGCGGCGGGCCGGAGAAGGGACGCGCGGCGGGCGGCCGCGGGGCAUGAGGCGGGGGCGCGAUGUCGGUGCCGCUGCUCAAGAUCGGGGCCGUGCUGAGCACCAUGGCCAUGGUCACCAACUGGAUGUCGCAGACGCUGCCCUCGCUCGUGGGGCUCAACGGCACCGUGUCCCGCGCGGGCGCCUCCGAGAAAAUCACCCUCUUCCAAAGCCCAGAGGAAGGCUGGCAGCUGUAUACCUCAGCCCAGGCCCCCGACGGGAAAUGCAUCUGCACGGCUGUGAUCCCGGCACAGAGCACCUGCUCCCGCGAUGGCCGGAGCCGGGAGUUGCGGCAGCUGAUGGAGAAGGUCCAGAACGUCUCCCAGUCCAUGGAGGUCCUUGAGUUGCGGACGUACCGUGACCUCCAGUACGUGCGCAGCAUGGAGACCCUCAUGCGAAGCCUGGACGCACGACUCCGGGCGGCUGAUGGGUCCCUCUCGGCCAAGAGCUUCCAGGAGCUGAAAGACAGGAUGUCGGAGCUGUUGCCCUUGAGCUCAGUCCUGGAGCAGUACAAGGCGGACACUCGCACCAUCCUGCACCUGCGGGAGGAGGUGAGGAAUCUCUCCAGCAGCCUUGCAGCCAUCCAGGAGGAGAUGGGCGCCUACGGGUAUGAGGACCUGCAGCGGCGGGUGAUGGCCCUGGAGGCCCGGCUCCAUGCCUGCGCCCAGAAGCUGGGCUGUGGGAAGCUGACUGGGGUCAGUAACCCCAUCACCAUUCGGGCCAUGGGGUCCCGCUUCGGCUCCUGGAUGACCGACACGAUGGCCCCCAGUGCGGAUAGCCGGGUCUGGUACAUGGAUGGCUAUUACAAGGGCCGGCGGGUCCUGGAGUUCCGCACUCUGGGGGACUUCAUCAAGGGCCAGAACUUUAUCCAGCACCUGCUGCCUCAGCCGUGGGCAGGCACCGGCCACGUGGUGUACAACGGCUCCCUGUUCUACAACAAGUACCAGAGCAACGUGGUAGUCAAGUACCACUUCCGCUCGCGCUCCGUGCUGGUGCAGAGGAGCCUCCCGGGGGCCGGCUACAACAACACCUUCCCCUACUCCUGGGGCGGCUUCUCGGACAUGGACUUCAUGGUGGACGAGAGCGGGCUCUGGGCCGUGUACACCACCAACCAGAACGCGGGCAACAUCGUGGUCAGCCGGCUGGACCCGCACACCCUCGAGGUCGUGCGCUCCUGGGACACCGGCUACCCCAAGCGCAGCGCGGGGGAGGCCUUCAUGAUCUGCGGCGUGCUCUACGUGACCAACUCGCACCUGGCCGGGGCCAAGGUCUACUUCGCCUACUUCACCAACACGUCCAGUUACGAGUACACGGACGUGCCCUUCCACAACCAGUACUCCCACAUCUCCAUGCUGGAUUACAACCCCCGGGAGCGGGCCCUCUACACCUGGAACAACGGCCACCAGGUGCUCUACAAUGUCACCCUCUUCCACGUCAUCAGCACCGCAGGGGACCCCUAGCGGCCGCGGGAGCUCAGGCUGCCGCCUGAGGGCCGCGGGGGGCGGGACGGGGGGGCCCUUCGACUCCGCCCGCCCGGGUCCCGUUAGCUUUCUGUCUCUGUCCGGCCCUUUCUCCCCUCUCCUGUCCAUUUUUUUCUCUCCCUCCCUUUUUGCCAGGCUUUCCUUCUCUGCCCCUGUAUUUCUACUAGUGCAUUCUCUGUCUUUUCUCCUCUGUUGAUCUCUGAUUUUGAUACUUCACUCUUUCGGCCUUUUCAUUGAUGUCCCUCUGUCUCUUUCUUUUCAUGGAUCUGACUCUCCAGUUCUUUCCCUGUCUGCCACUCAGUCUCUCUUCUCUCCUUCCCCUCCCUCCUUGCUUCCCACCCAUCUCCCCAGGCCCUCCCCUCCAAGCCCCCUCCUGCCCUUCAAGGAGUUGAGUGCAUGGAUCGGUUUCUUUUUUUAUUUACACUCUUUCUUUCCAGGUUGCUGGAAUAAAGGGGACCUUUGACAUUUGAUGCUUUGGUUGCUCUGUGUGUCCUAGUAGGGCAGAGGAGGCAAGGUGGAAGCCAAGUGUGAGCCUGGAGACCCAUCCUGGCUGGGCCCCCUUUGUCCCAGGCCACAAGCUGUGGGCACCGGGGGCAGACAAGCCCAGCCUGGGGGCCAGGUGGGCUGCAUGGCAGGGCGAGCCCUUUGGGAAGACAGGUGAGGCACCUACCAAGGCAAAGUUGUUUUGUUUGAAAACAAUUUGAAGGCAAUUUGAUCCAAACAGCGGAGAAUUCUAUCACAACAAUGAAAACAGGCCUUCAGUGAAUAUUCUCCAUCCC